CAAAAACAGGCCUCGUUUGAUAGCCUCAGAAUAUUCAGACGCUAUGAGACGGCCCAGCCCGCCUCCAUUUCCUUGUUGGGCUCCGCACCGUGCCCCCGGUCUUCCGGCAUUUCUCCCCGGAGCCCCCGGCCAGAUCCACAACGACAGCUCCCGCCAAACCAUGCAUCCGCACCGCCAUUCGAGGCCAGAAAGGUUUUUGCUGUACUUAACCUGAAAGCGAGGCGACAAUUUUGAGAUGUGACGAUGACAGCUCAGGUUAGGCGAGCGAGCGUGUUACUGACAAAAAGUUGAGAGCCAACAGCUGACGAUUCUGUGGUUGUGUUUGGGUAAAGCACGCGGCCGUAUCCAAACGUUUUGAACAAGGCACAAGCGCAUCAGGAAACGGGUGAUCACCUUCAUGUAGUACGACUCCCUGUCUGCAGCAAGGUGAUUAUUCAAAAACCAAGGUGGUUGUCUUAUACAAGCUGCAUGGCCAAAUCCGCCACCUUCAACCCGACCCCAGCCAAUUCUACCAUUCUUUCUUUUUCGAGUCCCUAAACACUUCUUACAUCUCGUCGAUCAUGACGGUUUCAAAGCUCAGGCAUUACAACUUCGGCGUGGAGAUCGAGGCUGUGGUAAAGCCUUACGGUGGUGCUGAUAGCUUUACCAAUGUCGACUGGUAUCGACAAUUAGCACAGAAGCUACGGAACCGCAACAUCGAAGCUGUGCACGAUGACUGUUCAAAAUACAGCAAGCAUCCGGAGUACUACGGUGGUAAAUGGUUCGUCACUAGAGAUGGAUCUUUGAAGAGAGAGCGUCCCAUGGUCUGCAUGGAAGUCGUUUCCCCUCGUCUAGAUACCAAGCAACAUGUCAGCGGCAUACUUGGCGACUUUUGGGAAGCGAUGCGUGUACACUUCAGUCCCCAACGCGAUAUCUCCUGCGGCGGCCACGUCCAUGUCACUCCCGUCUCUGGUCAGAACAAGUUCUCCCUACGUGGCCUCAAGAAGAUUGCGUUUGCAUCUGCUGUUUAUGAAGAAUUUGUGGCAGCUGUCCUCCCCAAAGCCCGCCGAGAAAAUCAGUACUGUCGGCCAAACAGUCAAAGCAUGGGUUCUGGGUUGCGUGAAACGCUGAUACGAUUCGGUAAGAGCAAGGGCUCACUUCUCCAAGUCGCAUCAGAAAUCAAGUCAACGACAUCCGAAGUGGAUUUGUGCUACUAUAUGCAGGGGAACCGAUACGUGCUAUGGAACUUCCAGAACAUUUUCCCAAACCCCAAGACAGGGAAAUGUACUGGCACGGUUGAAUUCCGGGGGGGCAACCAAUUCUUAAGUACGAAGGGGACUCUUGCUUGGGUGGCAUUCGUCAUGGGAUUCAUCACACUGGCCCUGGAGGAGGAUCUUCUCAACAAGCUUACUACGUAUACUUCGCCCGACGACCCAAAAUUCCAGGCACGUCUCGAAGACUGGUGGAAACGGAUACGUCAAGCGGCUAAGCAAUCAAAACUUUCUCGAUAUCUACCCUUGGAGUACAUAAAGAUGCACACAAGAUAACCAUAUGGCAUGACAUUUCUGCCAGGACGACGACAGACCCGACCUCAUACCGACCUUGGGUUCAGGGUAUAUGUUCUUUGGCUUACUAUGGGAUACAGUUUUGGGCACAGCAUGAUUCAUGAUUUCAGUUAAUGGAGCUAUUGGUGUCUAGGCGUAUGCAUGUUUUGACAUUGGAGAUUAAUUCUUUACAUAUUUGAUGAAGUGGAACAGGCCCAACGACUGGGAGGGGACCAUGAGGGGAUCAAGUGCAUUUCUAGUUAAUACGUAGCGUAUCAUUCAAUCUCCUUUAAAUAACGCCAAAUUCAUUCAUCAUGGUAUCCAAUAUCAUUCAUGACUCUCC